AUCUUCCUUUAUAAUUCAGUGUUUGGCUACUACCACUAGUUUUGGCUAAACUUUGACCUUUUGGUCAUUGAAUAUUGUUAGGCAAAUCAAACUUCAUAGGUGCAUGAAUGUAUGAUAUAUCCUUUAUGCUUCUCAUUCUAUGACUUCCAUAAAAAAACUUAAUGGCUCUGCACCUGUUUAAUUGACAAACCUUGGAAGUUUUAAUUGACCAUGCCUCUUAGUAAAGUCAAAUCUACUCAGUCUGUUUGGAAUUUUGCUUUGUCAUUUUUGGGAUUUUCCCCUUUCUUUUAUUCUUCUGAAUAUGAUCAAAGUGUAUUACAUAGCAGAGGGACACCCUAUUUUUUAACUCCAAAUAGUGGCUAAAGAGGGGUCCACUUGAAAUUUUCUAUCAAUUGGGUCAUUUUUCAACUUUUUGUUCUUUCAGCAGUGCCCAUCAUACCAUCUUGUGUCCAUAAAAUUCCCUAACUUUUAACUUACAAAAGCAUGCUUAUAAUAUUCCAUCAUUUCCUUUACAAGAAAAAGGAGAAAAAAACUCAUUCGCUUUUAGUAAAACUGAAAAAGGUAACGAAGAGAUGGCCACCUUAAUAGAGUUCAAAGCCUAAUUACUUUUUGCUGCAUUGUGAUUACUUACUUUCUAUACUGAUUAGGCUUGUCCUUUAUCUGAACAAUAUAAACUCCCAAAAACCCCAUGCACAGCCAUAAUCCCAAGCUGUUUUAAAACCAGAGGUUUCAAAUUCACUCCCUAAUAUCCUAUCCAUCUCUGUUGACCAUUUGCUUUCCUGAUUCUGUUGAAUCUCCAGAUUUCUUUGUUUGUUGUUUCCUUCUUCAUUUCUACAUGGAACUAAACUUCCCCACUAGUUAUAAUAAACCUUAAGAAUCAAGAAUCAGAUACUUUGUUUGAAUUUCUUAGCUUUGACCUCAAGUGUGGAAAUGACUGGCAGUGAAAUUUCUUCUUUCUUGUUGUUUUUGGCUGUAAUUACUGCUGUUCUUUCUGUUUGUCAUGGAGAGAACUUCACAGAUUCCUACUGGCUUCUGAGAAUCAAAUCAGAACUAGUUGACCCAGAAAAAGUUCUGGAGAACUGGUCUCCAGAAACUAAUUUAUGCAGCUGGAAUGGUCUUACAUGUUCAUCUGAUCAAAACCAUAUUGUGGUGAGCUUGAACCUAUCCGGUUCAGGACUGUCUGGUUCCAUUCCAAAAGAGCUCCAGAACCUCACUUCACUUCAAACACUCGACUUGUCGUUGAAUUCUCUCACUGGCCAAAUACCUCCUAUGCUUGGACGGCUUCAAAAUCUAAGAACACUUCUCCUGCAUUCAAACUAUCUCUCUGGUAAUAUUCCUGAAGAGAUAGGUCUUUUGAAAAACUUGCAGGUUCUUAGAAUAGGAGACAACAUGUUAUCAGGUGAAAUCACACCUACUAUUUGUAACUUGAUUGAAUUGAGAGUAUUAGCUAUUGCCUACUGCCAACUGAACGGAAGUAUUCCAGUUGAGAUUGGCAGUUUGAAGCAUCUGAUGUCUCUUGAUUUGCAGAACAACAGUCUCAGUGGUAACAUACCUGAAGAAAUCCGUGGCUGCAAAGAGCUUCAAAACUUUGCAGCAUCAAACAACAUGCUUGAAGGAGAACUCCCUUCUUCAAUGGGGUCACUUAAAUCAUUGCAGCUUCUGAACCUGGCAAACAACAGUCUUUCGGGAAAUAUUCCUGUUCCAUUAAGUAGCUUGUCCAACUUGACGUACUUAAAUUUGCUCGGUAACAGAUUCAGAGGCAACAUUCCUUUAGAGUUUAACCAGUUGUUACAGCUUCAGGUGCUUGAUUUGUCAAGAAACAACCUCUCUGGAAACAUCACUCUUCUCAAUACCCAGUUAAAGAGUCUUGAAGUUCUGGUUCUUUCUGAUAAUGCAUUGACCGGUAGCAUUCCAAGCAACUUUUGCUUCAGAAACUCAAAUUUGCAACAACUUCUUCUGGCUCGAAAUAUGCUCUUUGGAAAGUUUCCUUUGGAGCUACUCAGCUGUUCUUCACUCCAACAAUUAGACCUCUCAGACAACAGCUUCGAAGGAGAAUUAUCGCCUAUGUUGGACAGGUUAGAGAGCCUCACAGAUCUGCUACUCAACAACAACAGCUUUUCAGGAAAUCUACCUCCUCAAAUUGGAAACAUGAGCAAUUUGCAAAAUCUUUUUCUGUUUGGCAACAUGAUCAAAGGUAGUCUUCCAGUGGAGAUUGGAAAGCUACAGAGGCUAAAAGCCAUUUACCUCUAUGAUAACCAGAUGUCAAGAGAAAUACCAUGGGAGUUAACAAACUGCACAAAUUUAACAGAAAUUGAUUUCUUUGGAAACCAUUUUAUAGGGUCCAUUCCUGAAAUGAUUGGGAAACUUAAGAAUCUAGUUUUGCUUCAACUGAGGCAGAAUGACUUAUCCGGUCCAAUCCCACCAAGCUUGGGAUACUGCAGAAAGCUUCAGUUCUUGGCCUUGGCUGAUAACAAGCUCUCAGGAUCGUUGCCACCCACAUUCAGAUUCCUUUCAGAACUAAGCACCAUUACACUUUACAACAACUCCUUCAAAGGCCCUCUUCCUUUAUCUCUUUUCCUUCUCAAAAAACUCAAAAUCAUAAAUUUUUCUCACAACAGGUUUAAUGGAAGCAUCUACCCUCUCACUGGCUCAAAUUCUCUUACUGCAUUUGAUUUGACAAAUAACAGCUUCUCAGGUCCCAUCCCUCCUAGACUAGCCAAAUCUCGAAAUUUAACUCGUCUUCGCCUUGCACACAAUUACCUUACCGGUAGCAUUCCUUCCGAGUUUUCCCAACUCACAGAGCUCAAUUUUCUUGAUCUAUCAUUCAACAAUCUGAUUGGUGAAGUUUCACCACAACUCUCAGGCUGUAAAAAGCUUGAGCACCUGUUGCUCAGUAACAACCAAUUAGCAGGCACAAUGCCUUCAUGGUUGGGGAGCUUAAAAGACCUUGGUGAGCUAGAUUUCUCCUCUAAUAACUUCCAUGGAACAUUACCUUCAGAGCUUGGGAAAUGUUCAAAGUUGCUGAAAGUUUCUCUUUAUAGCAACAAUCUCUCAAGCAUGAUCCCAAAAGAGAUUGGAAACCUUACUUCUCUCAAUGUCCUCAAUCUUCAAAGAAACAACUUUUCAGGAUCCAUUCCAUCAACAAUUCAGCAAUGCAAGAAGCUCUAUGAAUUGAGGCUUUCAGAGAAUUCUCUGACAGGUUCUAUACCGGAUGAGCUGGGAAGGUUGACUGAGUUGCAAGUAAUCUUGGACCUGAGCAAGAACAAACUCACUGGUGAAAUCCCACCAUCUCUAGGAAAUCUAAUGAAGUUGGAGAGACUAAACCUCUCUUCUAAUCAGCUCCAAGGACAAGUUCCAUCAUCACUUGGAAAACUGAGAAGCAUGCAUGUUCUGAACCUGUCAAAUAAUCAUCUCCAAGGAAGAAUUCCCACAACUUUUUCGUCAUUCCCACUAAGCUCAUUCAUGGGAAAUGAUGACAAGCUAUGUGGCCCACCAUUGGUAUCGUGUAUGGAAUUGGAGAGGCAAGGUAAAAAGCGCCUGUCAAAUACUGCAGUGGCAAGCAUCAUAGUGGGCAUUGUUUUGACAUCAACAGCAAUAUGCUUGGUCAUGCUUUACAUCAUGCUUAGAAUUUGGUGCAAUUGGAGAAAAGUGUCUAUCUCAACCUCGGAUGGUGGUGGUGGUGUUGGUGUUGUUGGUGGUGGACCCGAGCACAGGAAAGAAGAAUUAGAUCAGGAGAGAUGGGCUUUUGGGUAUUGGAACGUGGAUUCCAUGGCACUUGUUCCUUCCAAAGAUAAGGGUACUGAUAAUUCUACAAGUUCAUGCAUUUUCCAUCUGAAAAUGGAUACAGAAGCCAAGGAAAAUACCACAGUUUGAAGCCCAUGAUUCUCUUUUUUUUGGCUGGGGUGGUGAGACUUGAGAGGGAAGUAAACUUAGCAUUGUACAAUUUUGGGUUUUCUUUUAUUCCUGGCUUUCUGUCUUUUUCGCAGCGUGGAUUGUUUAUUACAUUCGUUUAGACUGUCAAAUUUGUAGAGAUAGAAAUCUUCGAGAUAGGCUAAUGAAAAGUAAACAUGUAAGUUCCUUAAUAUUAUUCAAAACCUAUUGCUAGCACUUGGCCAUAAAUUCUUAAACGUUUUGAGGAAAGUGAUCUAGGAGAAAAGCCCGUCAUGAAAAUAUAAUAAGAACAAAGCUUUGGGUGACCAUUUGGAUGAAUGUGGAUCCACAAAUGUUAUUGCUUAUUGGGUCUCUUUUUUUUAUUUUUUUAUUUUUUUUAUCAUUACAAAAAUCUCUCUGUGUCUUGAACGCACACGAUCAAUGCGUACCAUUAAACCAUCCUCACUUAAUGCUUAUUCGGUCUAUAAAUAUAUAUUAUUAUGCAGCUGUGCUGACUAGAAAUCCAACAUUAGACUGAGACCACUGUUUAGUCAGUACGAGUAGUCUUUUUGGUUUAUUUUCCUAAGGAGAGAAGUAAAUUGCUUAAGUCGUUCUUGCUUUGCCAAAAAAUAUAGUUGUUCAAAUGUAAAGUUCUCUUUUACCCAAAGGAAAUAACAAAUAGAAAUGUUAAAAAUUCCGUUUGGUGUCCUUAAAUUCGAUGACUACCAACACUCUACGCAUAUAAAAAUAAACUGGACAAUGUGAAGCUAAAGAUCAGAUUUUCCUACUUAUAUGCCCCGACAAAACUGCUGUUCUGGUCAUCCUUUCAAACUCAAAACAAAUUUGCAAGGUUUGCUGAUUCUUUGCUAAAGAACAGGUAAUUAUACAAGUUUUUUUUUACGAGUAAUAAUGGCUCUGCGCAAAACCAGACCUCAACUUGGACAUCCACAUGGUCAACAAAUUUGAUACACCAAAAUAAGAUAGAGGUAACCUUUUUCAACCAUAACUCAGUUAAAAAGCCCCAAACCAAAAGUUGCAGCUGAAAUAUGCAGAAAACCAGAAUGUGGUAAUUUAGAGAGUUAUUAGAAAUCCAUGUUCAUACUAUUCAUAUACACAACAUAUUUGAAUUUUAUACUAUUAUUUUACAGCGUGUCGUCUCCGGUCAGUCGGAUCAUUUUCUUCAACUUGUGUACAGGAAGGGCUCUGUGGCUAUGUUAUUCACAGCUGAGCAGAAUUCUUGGUAAUUGCACCAGCAUCAGUGAGAAGCGGCACCAACAGACCAGCCUGCUGCUUCUCUAAAACAG